UUUAUUCCAGCCAAUAUUGCGAGCUUUGUUCCAUGGCGAAAUAUUCCCGCAAAAUGUUUAUAACAUUCUAAAGACGUUAAUGGGCUGCAACCUGAAUUUUUAUCAAGCGGAGUUGUGCGUCAAUAAUUUAUUAUUUAAUUACCUCGGUCACGAUCCUGAGCAGUUAAAUUUAACUCAGCUGCCCUUUAUCGCGAGUCACGUACCCAUUGCCGUUUCGCUUACGACGGUGGUGCACUUCGUUCAAGUAAUUCAAUCGGGUAAAUUUCGUCAAUAUGACUACGGUGCUACAAAAAAUCUCUUGAUAUAUAAAUCGAUGGAACCUCCAGAGUACAAUCUAUCGAGUAUCACGCUACCAAUGGCGAUAUACUAUGGCAACAAUGACUUGAUGCUAGAUCCUAUUGAUGUGAAGAGGGUUUACAAUUUACUUCCCAACGUAAUAGAUAUGUACGAAGUGCCGUGGCCCAAUUUUAAUCACGUGGAUUUUGUAUUUGCUAAUAAUGCGCCAAAACUUUUGUACGAAAGAGUUUUGAAGGUCAUAAAAGGAAAAUAUCAAAGCAAUGUAACAACGAUAUGAAAAUAGAUACAUUUUAAUGAUGUAGAUGUUAAAUAAAUAAAUAA